AUGGCACAACAUCUUCCUCCAGAAUUGCUGCAGCUCAUCAUUUCAUUCAUUCCACCAUCAGAAUAUUUAAAAAAUAAUGUCAUCACUGUUUGUUCCGAUUGGUUUGAAUUGGGAGAGUAUGAAAUGUUUUGGUUGGCUACUCUAAAAUCACUACUUCAGGAGGAGAUCUUCUUUACAGAGAAUGAAGAAUGUGAAUUUGUGGGAGUGGUUCAUUAUACAUUCCUCGAUUCAUUGUUUAAUUUUAAAAUGGAAAGAGAGUCCUAUGCUCAACAAUUAAAACGAUUGGAGCAAAUUUUAAUUUUUGAUCGUAAACCUUUUCAACUUAGGAGAGAAACUAAUAGUGAUAUUUUUGGAAAAACUUAUUGGAAAAGGUCGCGCCAAUUUGUUACAGAGAGAAGGAGGAGACGUAUUAUGCUGGAGGUUUUAAGAAGAGUUAUUCAAAUGGGAUUUUCAGCCAAUAUUUCAGAAUGGAUUGAUAUUGUAAAAUUUAUCAAAAGUCAUAAGGAUUUAAAAUCAAUAGCUAGGUACAAUUACGCACAUGUAAAUUUGGCAAAUUUAUUCUUAUUUCAUUAUGCAUAUGAUUAUUUCAAAGUUGUAGAUCAAAAAUGGAGAGAUUUUGCAUAUUAUAUGCUAGAUUUCUUUUUCAAUGAAUGUGAAACACCAAUAUUAGACUGUAUAGAGCGAAUUUUUAAAAUGAAACUUAUAAGAGUUUUUAAUGAUAAAUCUCUAGGGCUCUUUGAAAAAUUCAAAAAGGAGCUCGUAGCAUGUGGGAAGAAAGGUGUUCCAGAUUAUUUUAUUGUAACACUUUUAAAUUCUGCAGACAUGACAAAGGCAGAAGACAUUGAAAUUGUAACCAAAUUUGUAACUUUAAUAAGAGAUAGAAAGCAAUCAAAAUUUACUGAAACCAUAGCAGCUCGUGACGUCAAUUCUCUAUUCUUAUAUGUACGAGGAAAUUGGGAAUGUAUUGAAUUUUACUUGAAAGUAUUGGAAGUCCAAAAGUACCAACAAUUUUCUCCUAAAAUAUUUAUUGAUAAUAUUAUUAGAAAUAGUGACCCAGAGUCAUGUAAUAUUAUUGGGAUUUUAAGGAGAAUUCAUAACGAAUAUGGAUUGGAAAUGAAUUACCUUUCAAAGUUUUUGGUUCAAGAGAAAACAAAUGACCUACUCUUAUUUUUUGUUGAUGAGUGUGGAGCUAAUGUUAAUCAACUAAUAGGUGAGAGUGAUAACAGUUUUUUAAUUAGUGAGUGCAUCCAUGCCACAGGGUUGAGACGAUCUCAAACAGAACUGAUUUUAACAUUAAUGGAGAGGGGAGCAACCAUACCAAAUCAUGAAUUUUUUUCAACAAUAUUUAACAACUAUUUCGAUAGAGAGGAGCUUUAUUUACCUACAUUGAAAAAGCUUGUUGAGAAAUAUGGUCCACGAUUUGACUCUCUUGACUUUUUCUCUUAUCAUGUAAAAUAUAUAGAUGAUGGCUUUCUCUUUUCUCCAAAAAGUUUAGUUUCAGUAUUUCAAUAUUUCGUCGAAUAUUUAGGCAGCAAACAAUUAGCAACCAGAGAUCUCAAGGAGAAUAUUCAAGACUAUUGCAGUCGAAUAUCUAAUAAUUGGUUUGACAUUAAUCUAGAGGAAGUUGAAGAAUUGAAGAAAAAAGUUAAGGAAUUAUUUGGAUUUACAAUAACUACUAAGUGAAUUUUGAGAAAAAUUCCUUAAUUCUAAGACAAUUAAUUUCUAACUUGAUGC